AUGGGAGUUGCAGCAUCUGUCAUUCCCCGGACACCGUGCGCCGCGGAAGGGCGGGCGCUGCUCCCCGGCAGCGGCGGCUCCCGCACGGCCGGCCCGGCGCGCGCUCCGGCAUCCCGGGACCGCCGGCCCGCGAGGUCGCGCGCUCGGCACCGGCCUCUCCCGGCGCCGCCGGGGCAGCGGCAGCGGCGCGUGCGGCCCCGGGACAUGCGCAGUGCCGGCCGCGGGCCCGGCCCCACCGGGACCCCGCCGGGGGGGCGGCGCAGCCCGGGGGGUCCCGGGGGUCCCCGCCAGCCCCCCCGCGCCCUCGCCGCGCAUGCGCGGAUAGCCGCCCUCCCCCCCGGACGGGCGGCGGGGGAGGGCGAGCGGCUCUCGGCUCGUCCCUUCUCGUCCUGGCCGCCGGUUUCCGCUGGCGGUGCCGCCGGUUCCUCACGCCCGGCGAGCAGCUGCCGCCGCCACCGCGGCGCGCGGCGCCCUCCCGGUUCGGCUGGGAGCGAAGGGGAAGACCGGGUCAGCGACACCCGCCGGCCCCCCGGGAGCGCCGGCGAGCGCAGCCCGCCCCGCUACUUACGCGCUCCCCCGCCUCCCGCCGCCGGUGCCGCCGCUCCGCGGCCGCGCUGCCCCCGCUAUCACUUCUCGUCUUCACGGACAAGACAAUAUGGCGCCCGCUGCCGCUCACCCGGAAGUGAAAGGCGUCACGGCGCUGACCCUCGCCUGGUGUACACGGGCGCCUGCCGCCGCCAUCUUUGCUGAGGGCGGCCGGGCGGCGCUUCCCGUUUCCCUCGGCCCGGCCGGGAGCUCCGAGGCCGCGCUGCCGCCAUCUUUACUGCGGGCAGCCCGCCGGUGCCGCCGCGGCGGGAGAGGGGGCCGGGCUCGCUCCGCCCGGGAGCGGUGGGAGUCCAGCGGGAUUCGCCUUCCCGCCUGCGCUAGUGCGAGCAGCCCCGUGGCAGGCUCAUCAGCUCUGUGGCUCCACAGGCACUGUCUUGUGACUGUCCAGCAGAGAGCUGCUCAGGAGUCACAGCUUUUCUCAGGGGUCAGUAUUGCAGCCUGUAGGCAGAACCAGUGUGGUGCUGGGGACCGACCAGACUGCAGCUACAGUAGCUCUUCCUGAGCUUUGCAGGCUCACAGAAUAAGUGAUGAGAUUGAGAACCACUAUAUUAUGCUCAAGGAUCAAUGAAAGCAAAGACGUUGACACAGAGGCUUACGGAGACCCCAAAAACAUAAAGAACAAAUGGGGCUGAUGAAGAAAGCAAUGGUGUCCUUGUGAGAAGGGUGGGAUGAAGAGAAAGCCAUUUGGAAGCUAUGCUACAUGAAGACCCAGGCUACUGCACUUUUUCAGGGUGGGAGACUACAAAAGUAUGGUGAAGCUCUGUAAAAAAUACAUGCUGUAGGCCUGAAGAGAUUAUUGUUUGGUAACAUAAGCCCUUCACUUAAACUUGUAUGUUCUGAAAACAUAUAGCUUUCCAAUAGUGUGUACACGUCUGGCAGUUGCAGGAAAGUGCCAGUUCCUUGACUCUAGAAUCAUAUUUAACAUUCUAGCACCUAUAGGAUUGUUUUCCCAGAAUGCUCUGAGCUUCUUUUUCAAUUCCUCAUAAAUAAUUUUAAGAAGUCUUCAGUAUAUGCAUUUAUGUAGUUUCUUUAUAGCCAACCUUUACACAAAAAAACUUAGGUCUGUGUAAAGGACACUGUGACUUGCAUCUAAAAUUGUGUGUGACAUCUUGCACUGGUCAUCAGUUUUCUCAUUCUGAAGGCAUAGCUUCACCUAUUGCCUUCAUAUUUAGAGAAUGUUCCUUCUCAUAUUUUCAUACCUGUUCCUGACUCAAGGCUUACAGAGUUCCUGCCAACAGAGUUUUGUAUUUCAAUUCAGAACGCCUCAUCCAAGAGCAACAGUGAUGGUCAUCUUGAAUAAAGGCAUUGGCUCUUUUUCAUGGCAUUUUCUUUCUGUGUUGUAUAAAAUACCUGUAAAUACAAGUAAAUGUUCCCUGCCUGUUAAUGAGAAAAUAAUCCUGCCAGCAUCUCUUAUGGCAUUCUAGGCAGUUAUGUCCACUUGGGAAAAUUUCAGCAAACAGUUUGCAAACUACAGUUAAAAAGAAACAAAGACCUCCUCAUUCCUGAAAAUAGCAUUAGAAGUAAGAAGUAACAGGUUAAGAGCCUCAUUCUGUUUCUCUCCUAGUUGCCCAGCCUAGGGAAGUCAUUCUAGGCUAAAAAGGUAGAUUAAUACAGGUACUUAAAUUCAGUGGUUUUAUGGAAGUCAGCAAAAGGAGUCAGGUGUCAGCUACUUUGCUUGAGGAUGGAGGAUUCACUCCAUGUGUUCCUCCUAGCAAGACUGUGUCACAAAAGUGACACUUAGUUGCCAUUUGCUACAACUCUUGCCUGCGGCUUAUUCUGAGUUUUGAUCAGCUAUAUAGAAAGAGGAAAAAGGUGUGUAGGUGGAUGAAGGGUAUGGGAAGAUAAGGAGCUAAAAGAGAAUUAAGGUAUUUUAACCAACUCUUGUUUAAAUAUUAUCUUUCUUAGUGUAGACUUAAGUUAAGAUGUUGUUAGCUGGAAUAUAGAUGGCUAAAACUGGUUGCUUGGUUUCUUUCAGUUUUACUACUUUUGGGUAGAUUGAAACACUUAAUUUUAAUUUGUAGAAGGAAAAAACCAUGGUUUUGGCCAAAACACAUAGCAUAGUUUUGAUCUAAACAGAGUUGUUUUCCUUUUGAAAAUAAAAUCCUGCACAACCAGAGCCUCACUCCAUUAUGACUAUCAGUUGUAUGGCCUAACAAUCCUUAGUGCCUGCACAAGAAUGUGCAAGUCAAGAUACACCUCAGCAGUUUGAGCAAAUGCAAUUCUAGCAGGCUGUGCCAUUUUCUUAUGCAAAAGAGGGAAUGCAAGUGGGAUGAAUCUCUGAAACAGAAGUAAAGAAUAGGAGAGACAGGCAGGUAGGUAUGACAACAUGUGGUACAGGGAGUAAUAGGGACAGCAUGUUUUUUCAUUAAAAAACAUUACCAUAAAUGGAAACAGUAAGCAUGUAUUAACAUUUUUUCUCUACCAAAGAGCAAGUCAUACAGGAUGGGACUGUUACAUAAGUAAUUUGUAUUUUAAGUAACUGCUUAUUAUAUAAAUUAAUUACCACGUAACUUCAAGUAGUCAUCAGGUCUUGACCUUAGAAUGUAUCUGUUUCCAUCUCUGGGAUGGAAAUGAGAAAUUACCAAAGGAAGUGACACCUCAA